CGCUGAUAUAUAGUAGGAGGCAGCUGAUGCAACACUGAACGAAGAUAACACUCAGGCAUCACCUCGGCGCGACGUGGGAGCAGCUCGGAGCAGGAAGCAGCAUCUCUUUUUUCUUAAAAAAAAAAAAACAGACAGAAAUCAUUAUUUCAUUUUUGUUGUCGCCUUCCAUCCAGCGGUACCAGCAUGCCCAUCAUCAGAACCCUCAGCAAAGUGGCCACGCAGGCUGUGCUUGGCACCCCGGUGUGUGGCUGUCAGCCCCUGACCGUGGCUGUGCGUAACAUCAGCUUCUCUCCUCGCCAGGUCACCUCUGACGCAAGCUUCCACUCCGUGUCCUUCUCAGAAGCAGACCACCCCAAGGUGCUCAUUACAGGUGGGCUGGGGCAGCUUGGAGUGGGACUGGCCAAAAUGUUAAGGAAGAGAUUCGGGAAGAACAAUGUCAUUCUGUCUGACAUCAGGAAACCUCCUAGCAAUGUUUUUCACAGUGGCCCGUUCAUCUACUCGGACAUCCUGGACUACAAGAACCUGCGAGAAAUCGUGGUGAACAACCGAAUCACGUGGCUUGUUCACUACAGUGCUCUUCUCAGUGCUGUUGGAGAGGCUAAUGUGGCCUUAGCACGCUCCGUUAACAUCACGGGGCUUCACAACAUCCUGGACAUUGCAGCAGAACACGGUCUGCGACUCUUUGUCCCCAGUACCAUUGGCGCCUUUGGCCCCUCUUCCCCUCGCAACCCCACACCAGAUCUGUGUGUGCAGAGACCUCGCACCAUCUAUGGGGUUUCCAAAGUUCACGCUGAGCUGAUGGGAGAGUAUUACCACCAUCGCUACGGCCUGGACUUCCGCUGCCUUCGCUACCCAGGAAUCAUCUCAGCCGACUCCAUGCCAGGAGGUGGAACAACAGAUUACGCCGUCCAGAUUUUUCACGACGCCAUCAAGUCUGGGAAGUUUGAGUGCAACUUGCGAUCAGACACUCGGUUACCCAUGAUGUACAUCGAUGACUGCUUGCGUGCUACGCUGGAGGUGAUGGAGGCGCCAGCUGACACACUGAGCAUGAGGACGUACAACAUCAACGCCAUGAGUUUUACGCCUGAGGAACUGGUCCAGGAGCUCCACAAACAGAUGCCAGAGCUAGAAGUUACAUAUGAUGUUGACCCUGUGAGACAGGCGAUUGCUGACAGCUGGCCAAUGAACUUUGAUGACUCCAACGCACGAAAGGACUGGGGCUGGAAACACGAUUACGAUCUCCCAGAACUGGUCCAGACGAUGCUUAACUACACUGGCAUGGAUUCGCGUAUGGCUCAUGCAAACUGAAAUGCUACAUUGCAGUAUUGCGUUUGAACAUAAUGUAAAGACUGACCAAAGAGAAUAGAGGAAAGUGAUUGUACAUAGUAGUUCUCUCAAUUCUCUGAGCAAAAAUCAGAAGAGGGGGCUGGCCUGUGAAGCAGCUUUUUCGUCUCCAGAAGGUUGGCUCAGGCAAGACGGUACUCUUUGAUUAUUUUUUUUUAUAUUUGUCCACUCUUAAAUCGCUUGUACGUCUUUCUGCUUGGACUUUGGCAUUAAGAGCAAUCUUUCAUUGGAAGGGUGUUGCCAUUGUUGGCAUCAUGAAACUUCGCCUAACUUCUCAGGAUGAGUAAGAGGAUUAGAAAAUUCAAAUUCAAAGAUACUUUAUUAAUCCCAGAGGGAAAUUAGUGUUUCAGUACACACAAUUCUGAGAUCAGACAUACAUACAUAGACACAUGACAAGAAUGGUGACUGUGGUCAUUCGCAACCCGAGUCGCGCUACCUUAACAGAGAUCAGAAGGUUCAUAUGAGGAUUGAGUCAGGUGGAGGAAAAAAAGGCUCUUCAGAGUUACCCUCCACAGGGAGGGCAGCUUUGCUCUGCAAAAACACCUCAGACAGAAAUGCAACAGACUUCAGACAUCACACAACAUAAGUGUCCACUAGGUGGAGAGGUAGGGUUGGGAACUCUCCUCACAUCAGUGCAUUCAGCCGCGAUAAGCAGCGCUCGUCACCUCCGUUUGGACAGGGGAGGGAGGUAAUUGGGUUAGAGAGCACAGUGACUCCUGGAAACGAUUCAACGGCCUUCACCGGUCGCAGUCCCGCCCAGGCUGGGAAAGGGAGACAGAGUUACCAUGGCGACAGCAGCAUUACGGCAGUAAUCUCUUCAGCCUCACAGGCUCAAGGGCACCAGAUUCAGAUAAGAACUUGUUUCGGGGCCAGACAGAGAUAAUUUCCUCUUUGUCUUAAAGUUUUGUUGAUUUCCAACCCCUCUAGAUCCAAUAAUUUCAUAAUAAAUCUAUCCCAAUCCGUGCUGAUCUGUCAACUUAUCCUUGAUAGCAUCCACCUUCUGUGCCAGAGUCUGAAUCUCAGCCAAAGUUCCAAUCUUACGACUCAUCUCAGCAAUUAUGAGUUUGUGCAUUCACAGUGCGGUGUAAUCCAUCCCUGAGCUCCGGGAUUGAGCCAAUAUUCCUUGACAGCUCAUUAAUUUUCCAGUAAGCCAGGUAACCGCUCAGGCCAAACAGCAAGAAACCUGACACCAGCACCACGAAUAUCCAGACGUUUUCAGAAUCCUCUACAGACAGUUGAGAGAGGCACAUCAGGUUCCACUGUUUCCAGGAGUCCAUGAUAUGCCCAGCUGGCUCUGUCCCAGAGGGGCACCCAGGAGCCCCUUCUCCCGUUCUCAUUGUUGAAAAAAUGUUGUCAAUCGCGUUGAGAGACCAACUGACCAGGUCCAUUUUUCAUCAUUUCCAGUUUCCAGAAAAAAUGCAGAAGCGCCGUACACCCAAAGACAGACAAAGAGCCUUGGGAUAAGAUAGAGAGGAGAGGAGGAAAAAAGCGUCUGAACUCUCCAAGAGCCGGAAGAACACAAUGUUCUACCUGUAAACCCACUGAACAGAAAGAGAAUUAAGUUUGUGCAUUUCUACUUGCUUUUCUAUAUCUAUCAAACUAUAUUUUCAAGGAUUAUCAAGAAAUUAACCCUCUGGAGGUAGGCAUUGCAAAUUUACAACAUUAAAACCUACCUACCUGGUUACUCCACAUAAGUAUUUCAUGAGCAUUUUUUAACUCGGGACUUAGUUGUUCGUCCUUUUAUCAAAACUUAUUUUGAGCCUGAGAGGGUUCAAGUUUGAAGCUGAAGCUUGAAGCUUUUUUAACUGAAAUUAGUAAAGAUGUUGUAUCAUUUUGAUGCACUUUACAGAAGGAAAAAAAAAACAGACAAAUGAGACUAAAUAUCUGUGAAAAUGACUGAUGCAGUUUUGCUCAACAACUUCUUUGUUACAUUGUUCAUUCAACCUAAUAUUAUUUAUUCUGUCCCUGUAAACGCAAGGAAGCUUCAUCUUUCCACAGCAGGGAUCUCCAAGUUUGGUCCUCGAGGGCUACCAUCCUGCAAGUGUUAGCUGUUGAAAUAAAUGAGUAAUUAACAGGCCUGUGCACAAGUAAACGUGAUAAAGAGAAGAUGAAAUUACUCUGUUCAGGUGUGGUAGAACAGGAAACACGAAAACUAGCAGGGUGGUAGCCCUCAAGGACUGGAGUUGGUGACACCUGCUCCAGAGUAUUUAACUCUUGUUUCUGUUCACUUCUGUUAUUUAACUUUUUCCACCAGCUUUCAUAUUCUUUUGACUUAACAUAGAAAUGUGAUGGCAUACACCACAUCUACUCUUAUCUACAUUAGGUGAAUUCUGUUAUAGAAAUUCAUAUUGUGUUUAUGCUGGAACAAGGCUCUCAUUCAAUCACAGAACAAGCUUUGACAAUAAAUGGUUUUUUCCACA